AUGAUAGUCGAAAUACAAGAGGAGGUUAGAGGGAAGAGGCCUUUUAAGAUAUGGGACAGUUCGCGCAACGUGAGGAAGGGCUUGGUGGUUACUAGCUUCGAGGAGCUUUUACAUAGAGGGAAAGAGAAGCUAUCGGUAGCAGCCAGUGAGCCGGUGCGACUGGUGCUAGAGAGCGACGGCACGCAGGUCGAGGACGGGGAGUACUGGCGCACGCUCCCGCCCAACACCGUGCUGUUGCUGCUGCGGCAGGGGGAGAGAUGGUAUCCGACGGGCGUAGAUGUUAUCAAGGCUGCUAUAUCGGCGAUUCCAAAAAUUGUGUGCGAGACGAUACACGCUCUCGAGCUACACGAUGAAACACCUUCAUGGAAAAUCAUGGACAACAAGGGGCGCGUCACAGUGGUGUUGCACUGGGACCAGCGGCCGCAAGCGUCGCCGGCCGCGCGUUCGCCCUCGCGCCAAGCGAAGCCCGACCGGCGGCCCUCGCUCGUCAUACAGACCUCGCUGGAUCGCCCGCAGCCUCCGCCCCCGCACAUCACCGUCGUGAAUCACGACGAGCCGGGGCCGGCGCGGGCUCGCCUGUCGCGGGCGUCCUCCUCGCUCGACCACCACGUACACACGGCAGAGUGUCGCGCAUCCGCGCCACCGCAUGCCGCACCACCUGCACCUCCUGCACACUCCCAUCAACCUCAUCGUCCGCCUAAUGAUGAGUGCGAUUUUCACUGCUGCGCGUUACACGAGGAAGGCCGAAGAAUCGCCGUACAUAAAAGCGUGGCAACAUCACCGAUUCAGGAUUCCCAACCCCGCGCCUCACCCCAGGGUCGGCCGAAAGGUCACGUGCGAUUUCUCGACGCUGAAUCCGCGCGACGCGGAGAUCGAGACUCUUCAGAAAGUGAAACCGAAAAUACUUUAGUGGAAGACGAAGCGGUCACAUCAGAAAAGUUCCUGUUAUUAAUCGAUCAGCUCAGCGUCGACCAAAAACGACAUCUGACCAUCAAAGAUAUCGGUAUCAUACUCGAACGACUCAGUUCUAAGAUUCUCGAUGUCGAACGAUUGGACCGGGAAUCGGAGUCCGACGAUUGUUACAAUUGGACUAUUAAGGCGACGAUUCGAGGAGACGCGUUAAGGGAGUUGGGCGUAAUAUACAAUGGAAAUUACUACGCGAUCAGCGAGCAUCCUGGAUAUCGGGAGGAGAAUGAGGAGGCCGGCGACGAGGGUGAAGAAGAAGAGGAGGAAGAUCGACUC